AUCACAGUGGGACGCCUGCUUUACAGAAAUUAAUGAGCAUGACUCAGGCAGAUUCAUGAUACUCCUUAGAAGCCAUUUGGGAUAACUUCCUCUUUGGGGUCAUUCCAUACAGGCCGAUGCAGAGCAUGCAGUGCUCAAAUGGGAUUUGGAAAGAAAUGAAUAAUUAAUUUAGACGUUCAACUUGAAAUAGACUUAAGACAUUCCUGGUGAUGAAGGACUUAGAUGCCAGAAAAUCAGGCUCAAAGACUUUCAAGCCAUUUCUUAGUGUGAUGCCACAUUCUUUCCUACGUUCUACUGGGGAAGGCAGGUCUGCCCUGCCCACGGUGGCGGUGGCGGGGAAAUACCUAGGCAUGGAAGUGGCAUGACAGGACUCGGGCCACUGUCGUAUUUUCCACUCUUCGUAUCUUCCAAGUGCGGAGGUCCUGCACGUUCCAAUCCGGUAGGCAGGUAGACCCCGGGCCGGGAGUCUGUGGCUGAGCCAGGUAUGGGUGGGGCCCUGACGGUAGGAGACCUGUGCUGGAAAAGAGGUGGCGACAAUGUGCGCCACCACAGGCCAGGGAUCAGGCCCCUCGGGUGGGCCCCCGACCCUGCUAGGUGACCGUGGGGGAGCCGACUCAGUCUCUGGGCAGCAGUGUGGAGUUGCGGCGGCUACUUUCAGCUCCAGCGGCUCCCGGCCUUCCUCGCUCCUUUCCCGCCCUUGCCAGCCGGGUUUGGGGAUGUGGUCCUUGCUGUUCUGCGGGUUGUCCAUCGCCCUUCCACUGUCUGUCAGAGCAGAUGGAUGCAAGGACAUUUUAACGAGAAAUGAAAUGUCUUCAGCAAAUCAGCCUUUUGCUUUUAAUUGUACAUUCCCUCCAGUAACAUCUGGGCAAGUCAGUGUAACAUGGUAUGAAAAUUCUAGCGAAAUCCCAGUGUCCAAAAGCAUACAGUCGAGAAUUCACCAGGACGAGACUUGGAUUUUGUUUCUCCCCAUAGCUUUGGGGGACUCAGGAGUCUACCAAUGUGUAAUAAAGGAUAGAGACAGCUGUCAUAGAAUACAUGUAAACAUAACUGUUUUUGAAAAACAUUGGUGUGACACUUCUGUAAGUGGUUUGCCAAAUUUAUCAGAUGAGUACAAGCAAAUAUUACAUGUUGGAAAAGAUGAUAGUCUCACAUGUCACCUGCACUUCCCAAAGAGUUGUAUUUUGGAUUCAACAAUGUGGUAUAAGGACUGUAACGAGAUUAAAGGGGAGCGAUUCACUCGUUUGAAAACCAAGCUUUUUGUGAGCAACGUCUUGGCAGAGGACAGAGGGAACUACAUGUGCCAAACCAUACUGUUACACUCAGGGAAGAAGUACAAGGUUUUAAAUGGCAUCACUGUGAGCACCAAAAGAGUUGAAUAUGGAGGAAGUAUCCCUAAAAUCAUUUAUCCAAAAAAUAAUUCAAUUGAAGUACAGCUAGGCACCACCCUGAUUGUGGACUGCAAUAUAACAGACACAAAGGAUAAUACAAAUCUACGAUGCUGGAGAGUCAAUAACACUUUGGUGGAUGUUUACUAUAAUGAAUCCAAACGAAUCAGAGAAGGGGUGGAAAGCUAUGUCUCUUUUCAGGAACGUAAUUUGUACACAGUAAACAUCACCUUCUUGGAAGUGAAAAUGGAAGAUUAUGGCCUUCCUUUCAUGUGCCACGCUGGAGUGUCCACAGCAUACAUUAUACUGCAGCUUCCAGCUCCAGAUUUUCGAGCUUACUUGAUAGGAGGGCUUUUUGCCUUGAUGGCUGUGGCCGUGUGUGUUGUGUACUUCUACAACAUUUUUAAGAUUGACAUUGUUCUUUGGUAUCGAAGUGCCUUCCAUCCUACUGGGACCGUAGAAGACGGGAAGCUGUAUGACGCCUACGUCUUAUAUCCCAAGCCCCACAAGGAAAGCCAGAGGCACGCUGUGGACGCCCUGGUGUUGAAGAUCCUGCCAGAGGUGCUGGAGAGACAAUGUGGAUAUAAGUUAUUUAUAUUCGGCAGAGAUGAAUUCCCUGGACAAGCUGUGGCCAAUGUCAUCGAUGAAAAUGUUAAGCUGUGUAGGAGGCUGAUGGUCAUCGUGGUCCCUGAAUCGCUGGGCUUUGGUCUGUUAAAGAACCUGCCGGAAGAACAAAUCGCGGUCUACAAUGCCCUCAUCCAGGACGGGAUGAAGGUCAUUCUCAUUGAGCUGGAGAAAAUCGAGGACUACACAGCCAUGCCACAGUCAAUUCAGUAUAUCAAACAGAAGCACGGGGCCAUCCGGUGGCAAGGGGACUUCACAGAGCAGUCACAGUGCGCAAAGACCAAGUUUUGGAAGACAGUGAGAUACCACAUGCCGCCCAGAAGGUGUCCACCGUCUCUUCCAGUCCAGCUUCUGCAGCACGCGCCUUGCAACCGCAUGGCAGAUGAGUGAAUGGGAGGAGGACACGAGGUUCGCUGUGCACUGAUGGGGUGUUGUCAUUGCUCAGUGGCUCACAGCUGGAGGAGGACACAUUUCAUCGGGGCUCACCGCUCUGAAGCUGGCAGUUGCAUACUAGUGAGCGGGUCUGUUGUGUUUGUUGCCAUUUGUUUGCUUUGAUCAGAGCUGCUGCUUCAGGGAAAGACAGGGCUUCUGCAGAAGGUCCUCCUUAGCCUACGGGCUCAUUGACACGCUUGAGCACUCAUGAAGCCCUGGGUGGCUAUGGCGCUUGGGCCCCUUGGAAAUGGGACACAGAAGGUUUUUAGAGAUGGCAGUGGACAUGCCCGAAAGUUUGCCCAUGAUAAGGCACCCAUGGAGUCUGAGAUGGGAGCCUACACUGUCAGGGGACGAGAGAAGGACAGUUUAGCACCAGGAGAGGAUUGGCAAGGAUAGUAGUAUUUGUCCACAGCUGUCCAGUGUCUGCAGGGCCUGUGCUCAGGUGUCAUUUGCUGUGUCUGCGUCUCUCUCACUCUGUUAGUGUAGACAAAGAGCUGUGACCACAGCCUUAGCAUUUCGCUUCCAGAGAGAGUUAAAAGUCACCUGGACCAGUGGGGACCCACAGGUGUGGCCAUGACUACCUCUUGGUUACCGUCCCAGUAAGCCCAUGACUUGAGACGCUUUAUCUGCCAAACCAAAGCAAGCAAGAAUUCCUUUCCUUUUCCUUUUAGACACAUGUCAGCCAGAAUUCUGAGCAGCCUGUGAGACAUGCAGUUAGCACACAGAUGAUAGGAUUCUAGUCCCAGCAAGGCAGGGUCGGUUUCCAAUGAGCCUUGCCACAGGCCAAUUUAUAAUGUCAUGAUUCACAAAGAAUUUUGAUACUAACGAUCAGCUGUAAACCCUCAUCACUCUUUUCUAAGAUCCUGUGUUGAGGGAAUUAGGCAUAGCGCAACCCUCUGGAGCUGUGGCUGGUGACACUGAGACUUAGUAAGCAGUCAGUGGGGCCUGGAAGGGAGUCAGCCCCAGGAGCUAGCCGGCGGGGAUGGGAGCAGGAGUGAGAAGGUGUCAGGAGGCCUGUGGCCCUGGGAUGGCGUGGGGAGCAGGGUGGGUUGGGAGGCGCUAUGCCUUCAUUCACAGGCAGUGGGUGGUGCCCAGUGUUGGAUGGACUCUCUGGUGCUAAGGAGAGCACUCCUCUCUGAAGAAUUUAUGUUCCAAGGUGAUUUCACAUUACACAUUUAUUUAGAAUCCUUCAGAGGCCCCAGCUUGACAUUAAUACCCUCUUUUUUUUAACAUUUGCUUUUUAAAAUUUUUAUUUCGGUAAAAUACAUGAACAUAAAAUGUACCAUUUUAAUAAUUUUUAAGUGUAGAGUUUAGUGGCAUUAGGUACAUUCGCACUGUUGUGUGGCCAUCACCACCAUCCACUCCAGAAUUGUUUCAUCCUCUCCAGCUGAAAUCCUGCACCUAUUAAGCUACACCUCCCCAUUGCCUCCCCUUUGCUCUUAGAUAGGACAUAAAAUGCAUUUUAAGAAUAAUAACAUCAAAAGUGGCUGCUAUAACUCAUUAAUACUCUUACAUUUUUGAUACUUUUUAAUAAAAAGAAACUAGAGACA